UUGGGCGCUGGCGUGUUUAGAAAUGAGCUCGAUCAGCUGCAACGAAGAAACAAAGAGUCCGAGCUGAUUGCUGGUACCGCAACGCGAGCAGCAGCUCAGAAACCACUAGCAGCUGGUGAAUGGCCUGAUCCUAUCGCUGUCCUCGUAUUCGUGUGUAACCGUUCGAAUGCAAUUCACAAUCACUUAGAGCAGCUGUUAAACAGCACAUAUCAGUAUAAAUUGCUUGAACUGGGAAAUUUACUUAGAUAUCGGCCGUCGCCUGAGAAAUUUCCGAUCAUAGUGAGCCAGGAUUGUGAUGAUCGCCGGGUGCAGGAGACUGUGGCAAACUUUGGCACCAGGGUUCGAUACAUAAAGUCGGAAGAUACGGGGCUGGGCCGAGUGGGGCAGUUAAAAAUUCGAGAAGCAGAGGAGUACGGAGGCCAUAUUUUAUAUUAGCA